UUCCCCCCAACGCCCAGAGAGAUCGGACGGCGAUGACCCCCAAGCUGGCCGGACCCCCGGAUGGGGGCUGGGGCUGGGUGGUGGCGGCCUCAGCCUUCGCGGUGAACGGCCUCUCCUACGGGCUCUUGCGCUCUCUGGGUCUGGCCCUCCCUGACCUCGCCGAGCACUUUGACCGGAGCGCCCAGGAGACUGCGUGGGUCAGCGCCCUGGCCUUGGCCGUGCAGCAGGCAGCCAGUCCGGUGGGCAGCGCCCUGAGCACACGCUGGGGGGCGCGCCCGGUGGUGAUGAUCGGGGGCGUGCUGACCUCGCUCGGCUUCUUCUUCUCGGCUUUCGCCCGAAGCCUGCUGCACCUUUACCUGGGCCUGGGCCUCCUCGCUGGCGCCGGCUGGGCCCUGGUGUUCGCCCCUGCCCUGGGCACCCUGUCGCGGUACUUCUCCCGCCGUCGGGUCUUGGCGGUGGGGCUGGCACUCACGGGUAACGGGGCGUCCUCGCUGGUGCUGGCGCCGGCCCUGCAGCUCCUUCUGGAUACUUUCGGCUGGCGGGGCGCGCUGCUUCUUCUAGGCGCGGUCACCCUCCACCUCACCCCCUGUGGCGCCCUGCUGCGACCCCUGGCCCUCACUGGCGAUCCUCCUGCUCCACCACGUAGCCCCCUAGCUGCCCUCGGCCUGGGUCUCUUUAAGCGCAGGGCCUUUUCCAUCUUUGCCCUGGGCACAGCCCUGAUUGGGGGCGGGUACUUCGUCCCUUAUGUGCACUUGGCCCCCCAUGCUUUAGAUCGGGGUCUGGGAGGGUAUGGGGCAGCGCUGGUAGUGGCCGUCGCCGCAGUGGGGGAUGCCAGCGCCCGGCUGGUCUGCGGGUGGCUGGCAGACCAGGGCUGGGUACCCCUCCCGCGGCUGCUGGCCGUGUUCGGGGGUCUGACCGGACUGGGGAUCUUGGCGGUGGGACUGGUGCCCACGGUGGAGAGCGAGGACAGCUGGGGGGGACCCCUGCUGGCCGCGGCUGGGGCCUACGGACUGAGCGCUGGAAGUUACGCCCCAUUGGUUUUCGGUGUGCUUCCGGGGCUGGUGGGCAUCGGAGGUGUGGUGCAGGCCACUGGACUGGUGAUGAUGCUGAUGAGUCUCGGGGGGCUUCUAGGCCCUCCCCUGUCAGGCUUCCUAAGGGAUGAGACUGGAGACUUCAGCGCCUCUUUCCUAGUGUGUGGAUCGUUCAUCCUUUCUGGCAGCUUCAUCUACAUGGGGCUGCCCAGAGCCAUCCCCUCUUGCAGGCCAGCCUCACCUCCAGCUACACCUCCUCCUGAGAGGGGGGAACUGCUGCCAGUUCCCCAAGCCAUUCUGCUCUCCCCAAGAGGCCUGGCCUCUGCCAGGGAUACAACUUGUUGAUCAUCUACUUGUGCAAGCCCCUCCCCCAAUAAAGACUUUUUAUG